AUGUUCUUGAACUUGCCGUUGGCAGCUGAAGGCGAGGUGCGGCUGCUACUUUUAACAUCUCUAAGAAGGGUAGUCGGAAAGGAGAAGAAGGGACCAAAGAGCAUCGUCGGCGGCAAGGCGGCGGAGGCGGCGGCAGGUGAUGGAGAGGCAGCAGAGAGCUCGUCCGGUAACGCCGACAUUUUGUUCAACUUCAGGUGGCCGAUUUUUGGGUCCUUCCGGAGUUUCUUAAAAAACUGGACCACCAUCCCUAAGCUCCGGCACCCCUUCCUCCAACACGGCGCAAACCGGGAACACAUUGGCCCCACUUACCCUCUCCUUCAGCUCCUCGAACACCCCUUCAGCCCCUUCCUCGUCAAUCUUGUUCGCCACCACCAAUGCGGGCCGGGCCGAAAGCCCCUCCCUGUAGAACUCCAGCUCCAUCAUCAGCUCCCUCAGCUGCACCCACGGGGGCCCGCCUUUCCUCCCCUCCAGCCCGGCCGACAAAUCCAGCACGUACGCCACCACUUUCGUCCGCUCUAUGUGCCGCAAGAAAGCGUGCCCGAGCCCGCGAUUCUCGUGGGCCCCACUAAUGAGGCCCGGGAUAUCGGCCACCGUGAUGGACAGGUCGUCGUAGUUCAUCUUUCCCAAAUUGGGCCUCAGAGUGGUGAAAGCGUAAUGCCCGAUCACAGGCUUGGCCCGCGACAAGGCCCCGAGAAGCGUGCUUUUUCCGGCAUUGGGCAUUCCCACAAGGCCCACGACGGAUUCGGAUCCGGGCUGGCCUAUGUUGGCUUCGUUGUAAUUGGGCUCAUCGUGGCCCAAGUCAUUGUUGUCAUCUGCCUUGGAGCCUUUUGUGAAGUGCAUAUUGCCCAAGCCACCGUCACCUCCUUGGGCCACGAAAAUUCUUCGAAAUUCGUCUCGGAAAUGUUUGUUUCGUUAUCCGUAUCCUCCCACGCACUGUACUCAUGUGGCUGCCAAUCGGGUGCAGGUUCGGAUUGUUGGAAAUUAUCGGAUGAGUUUGAAUCAAGUGAACCAGGGAUAUCCCAAGGAUCCAAUGAUCCGGAAGGUUUCUUCUCGAUCGAGGAGGAAGGGAUUACACCUUCUAAAAGAUGA